AUGUCGAAGCCGGAGUUGCCGCCGGUGAUGGCGGCGCCGGGGAUGUUUGCGAAUGAAACAGCAUGCUAUCCCGCGACGAUGGUGACGACAAAUGGGAUUUGGGUGGGUGAAGAUCCCAUGCAAUUCGCACUACCUGCCUUCCUCUUCCAGGCGCUGAUCAUGGUUCUCACCACCCGCCUCUUCAUGUUCCUUCUCAAACCCUUCCACAUGCCCCGCAUCUUCUCCGAAUUCAUGGCCGGAAUCAUUUUGGGUCCAUCCACAUUGGGAAAACUGCAAGGCUUCGGCGACUACAUAUUCCAGAAGAGAACAUUGAUACUGCUGGAGACGAUAGCUAACAUGGGCGUCGUUUACUACCUGUUCAUGAUCGGCCUGGAGACGGACAUCUCAAUGAUCCUGAAACACAGCAAGAAGGCCAUUUCAGUUGCCUUCUCCAGCAUAUUCUUUCCCUUCCUCAUAGCCUGCGCCUUCUCCUUCCUCCUCCAGCCCAUAACAACCAUGCAGAUGGCCCCAUUCAUCAUCCUCUUCGGGGUUGCUCUCUCUCUCACCUCCAUGCCCGUCCUCUCCCGGAUCCUUGGCGAGCUACGGCUCGUCGAUCUGGAUGGAGAGCUGGCCAGGUCGGCCGCUUUCGUUAGCCAUCUCUUCGGCAUGGUGCUCAUAGUGUUUGCCAUUUCCUUGGCAGAAUCAGAAACGCCCUUCGUGAUCUCGCUCUGGGUGAUCUUGGCCAGCAUGGCCUUCGUUGCCGUUUGUUUUCUGGUGGCCCGACCGGCCAUUGGGAGGUUGUUGAGGAGCAGGCCGGAGGACGAGAGCUUCGGGGACCUCACCACGUCGAUCAUCCUAGCGGGAAUUAUGUUCUCCGGAGUCAUCACAGAUGCCAUUGGCGUGCAUCCUGCAUUUGGAGCCUUUGUUUUCGGCCUCGUCAUUCCGAAUGGCCCGCUUGCAGUCACCCUCAUAGAGAAGCUUGAGGACUUUGUCAAUGGCUUUCUGUUGCCUCUCUUCUUCGUCACUUGUGCACUCAAGACGAAUAUUUCCAAAAUCCAAGGAUUCGCCACUUGGAUCACACUGUUGUCUGCAAUCCUUCUGGCAGUUGCCGGAAAAGUCGUCGGGACUCUGAUUGCUGCCCUCUCCAUAAAGAUGCCCUUCUCCGAAGGGGUUGCACUGGGUCUGCUCUUGAACACGAAAGGAUUCAUCGAACUAGUUGCCCUCAACAUCGGCAAGGAUCAGAAGGUUAUCGACGACACGGGUUACGCAAUAUUUUUGAUCACAGCGACAGUUAUGAAUGGAAUCGUCUCGCCCCUUUUGUCGACAACGUACAGACCAGCAAGGAAAUUUGUGGCCUACAAGAGGAGAACAAUUCAAAAGACUACAACAGCAGAUUGUGACCUAAGAAUCCUGGCAUGCAUCCACACGCCUAGGAAUGUCCCAACUAUCAUCAACCUCCUCGAGGCUUCAUACCCCACCAAGAGGUCCCCGUUGUCUGUGUUCUCGCUUCACUUGGUGGAGCACACUGGCCAUGGCACCGCCACAAUCAUUAACCACAGCUCCCUAAAGUCCGAAACACCGGCGGGCAUCAAUAGAAUGCAGGCUCAAUCCGACCACAUCAACAACGCCUUCGAGACCUUUAAACACCAUUCAUACAGCUCGGUCUCUCUCCAAUCCCUCACCGCCGUUUCUCCUUUCAACACGAUGCACGAAGAAAUCUGCAACUUGGCAGAGGAGAAGCACAUCGCCUUCAUCAUCAUCCCAUUCCACAGGCAGCCAAACGUCCACGGCGGGAUGGAAACGGCCAACCCCAAACACCGCAUGGUGAACGAGAACUUGCUGGCAAAUGCGCCCUGCUCCGUUGGCAUCCUGAUCGACAGAUGCCUAAGCGGGUCGGCGCGCCUAGGGCCAGACCAAAUUUCCCACAACAUUGCGGUGUUAUUCUUUGGCGGGGCAGAUGACAGGGAGGCACUGUCUUAUGCAUUAAGGAUGUCUGAGCAUCCGGGGAACACCCUCAACGUUAUCCGAUUCCUUCCAGGGCCCGAGGCAAUAGAAAUGGAUCCGGACAGAGAUUAUCCCAAAGAAGAGGGAGUUCUAACUAUGCAAAUCGAAAAAGAUAGGGAAAGGCAGCUGGAUGAUGAUCUCAUAAAAGCGAUGAGGAUGGGGAAGGUGAGUGACGAAUCAUUUUCUUACAUAGAGAGGACAGUGAACAAUGGGGAGGAGACGGUUGCAGCCAUAAGAUCGGUGGACAACAUCCAUGACCUAUACAUAGUUGGGAGAUCGGAGGGAAUCACGUCUCCCUUAACGGCAGGGCUGCAAGAGUGGAGCGAGUGCCGGGAGCUUGGAAUAAUUGGGGACCUUCUGGCGUCCUCCGAUUUUGCGGCCACUGUGUCGGUGCUGGUGGUGCAACAGUACGUUGGGUUGGGGCCGCAGGAUGAAGGUAUGGCAACACCCGAUAGCGCCAGCCAGCAGGAGGAGCAGUAUAUUAUGGGCUCAAUGCGUCUGUGA